CAGAGCAAACACCAGCAACCCGGCCCACGCGCCACACAGAAAUUAUCACUGGGGAAAGAGGAACUCGUUAAAAUGCCAUCAAAGCUUGUAGUCCCAACAAACCACGACUAAUAGAUGCAGACUCAAAGGACAGCAAUGUCGGGGCCCCCCAGAGGAGAGCCACAAAGCCGUGGCACGUGUGCAGUUGUAUAGGGGCCCAUCAGACCGUAAAAGGAGGAGGGUCCCGGCGUGUGCCUCUGUCGGGGAGGGGCUGAGCGCACACAUUAAUGUAAUAAACCGCCAGUACAUCUGCUAAGCUAUCUGCACAUCCUCCAACGAAAUCCACCAAACACAGGCUCUAAGCCCUCCCACAAUCAAAUCCACUGGGAUCUUGGUUUCAUCCGAUUGGUCGGGGAGGCUGCAAUAGGGGGGGUGAGAACAAUAGCAUCAUUCCGGCAUAAAAAGAGUGGAGCUAUGCCUUGGAGACGAAAACAUUUCAGCAACAGAAGGAUCGAUAUACUGGGGAGAUAAAGUCCCAUAUGCUUCUAGUGUUGCCAUAUUUUUAACAAACCUGGAUACUCGAGACUUCAUCCACCUCCCCGAAGUGCCUUUUUGCUGUAACUCGCCAAGAUGCCCAAAGGAUUCCUGGUAAAAAGAAACAAGAAAUCUACGCACGUUUCCUACAGGACUCGGUUAGACGAAGAUGAUCACCAGGAGCAUCCCACCCCAGCUGCCUUGCCGUAUCACACGGACCCCUCCCCACCGAUGUCCGUGGCAUCCAGUCCGGACCGCGCUGCAGCAUCACCAGAUUUAACUGCAGCCCAGGCGUCGGUGCCACGACUGGAGAAGCCGGCGCAGUUCGGCAACCCAGAGGCGGCAUGCCAAGCCCUUUACAGCCCCACCCGGCCCAUCAGCAAGGAGCACGACAGGGGAUAUUUUGAGCGAAGUUUCAAUCUAGGCUCGCCUAUUUCUGCCGAGUCAUUCCCCACACCUGCCUCCCUCUCUGGCCUGGACCACCUCCUUUACGCACCGGUCGACCUGAAAAUCGGCACCAGCAACAGCAGUCGCAGCGGGACCACCAGCAGCCUCCCGGCACCGAGCAACCGGGUCGUUACCAAAAGACCCGCAGCUGACGGCACAGAGCGCAAAUCUAAACCCGCACCCAAGAAGCCCAAAGCCAUCAGAAAACUAAACUUUGAAGACGAAAUGACUACUUCUCCUGUGCUGGGUCUCAAAAUCAAAGAGGGGCCCGUGGAGAUGAAGCCGAGGGCGCAGACCUCCGGGGGAAACAAGCCCUUAGGGGAGUUUGUGUGUCAGCUGUGCAAGGAGGCGUAUGCUGAUCCCUUCUCUCUGGCUCAGCACAAGUGCUCCCGCAUAGUCAGGGUCGAGUACCGGUGUCCUGAGUGUGACAAGAUGUUCAGCUGCCCGGCAAACCUCGCCUCUCACCGUCGUUGGCACAAACCCCGGAACACCGGCGCACCUGCGAUGUCCACCGCACAGGGCAUCAAACCUGAAACGGCCAAAAUGCCAACCCUAAGUGUCAAAUCAGUCUCUGACGAAGCCAAAGACAUGAGUGACAGAGACACCCCGAGUCCAGGUCUGUCCGAGUCGGGCUCUGAAGAUGGUUCCUAUGAUUGCCAGUUCUGUGGGAAGAGGUUUAAGCGACAGGCAUACCUAAGAAAACACAUCAUGGGACACCAGGUCCUGCAAAAGAAAGUGCUGGAGGAGCACGGGUUUCAAACCAGCGACAGGGCGGCAGAGCAGCCCUUGGCCUCAUCCUCAUCAUCCUUCUCCUCCUCCUCCUCCUCCUCUUCCUCCUCCUCCUCUUCAGCAUCAUCAUCCUCAGAGGAAGCCUCGAACCAAAGCCCUCUCAAUCUGAGCCCGGUGGACUGCCUGCUGUGCCCGGUGUGCGGGGAGAGUUUCACCAGCAGGGCCGGCCAGGAGAGACACCUGCGCCUCAUGCACUCCUCCCAGAUCUACCCGUGCAAGUACUGCCCUGCCACCCUCUACAGCUCGCCGGGGCUCACCAGGCACAUAAACAAGUGCCACCCCUCAGAGAACCGGCAGGUGAUCCUGCUCCAAAUGCCGGUGCGCCCCGCCUGCUGAAAACAUCACCAAACUUGUGCCUUGAAUGGGGAAAAAGAAAAAAAAUUGAGAAACAAAAAAGGGGCUUUUGGGUUGUGAAAAAUCCAGAGUUUUCGACGCGCACUGCCAUAACUUUAGGCCAAUGAAGGCAGGGCGGUUUGAUGUUUAAGUGGUGUUUAAUGAGGUGUCUUUUCCAUGCCAAUCAGUGAUUGUUGAAUGCUUCUCUCUAUAUUUGAACUACAUAUAGGCCUAUUUUGAGAUUUCUUUUCUCAAAUUAGUUUAUCAAGAAAAAAAGAGUACAAAGCGUUAGUUUGACUGUUAAAGGGUAUUUUUCUAGGACAGCACAUGUGUUCGAUGAUAGCUUCUAGACCUAAGAAAUGUCUUUUAAAUUCUCAGAAAUCCUUUUCCCUAUCAAAGCCUUCUCAAUUCACCGACCGUGAUUGCUCGAUCACUGUAGCUUUACGCUAGUUUGUGAAUGACAAAACUUAUAGACUUUGUACUGAUGGGAAAAAAAGAAGAGUGACUGAAGCAUUCCCUGUUUAGUAGAACCACAAAUGCCUUUAGUAUACAAUAAGCUUAGUCCGACAUAGCCUACAUACACAUCCAAAUCCUGCUGUAUAACUGCCUUAAAAAAAGUCAUCAUAGACUGUUUUGAUUUUGAAUGCUGGCACAUAUUUUAUUAUUGUUAUUGAAGAUUGUUGCAAUAUUUUUCAUCAUGAGUUUAUUUAUUUAUUUAUUCUAAUUAUUUUAUGUAACUUAUUGUUGUGUUUGUUGUGAUUUUUUUCUGUGAAUCGUUCUGGCAGUUUACAUGUCGUAUAGCCAAAAUGUCUUUUUUGGGGGUCAAAUUUACAGUAUGAGUUGUGAUAAUUGUCGUCAGGUUUUGAUUUUUCAAUCUCCACAGCUCUUGUAAAAGAAGAAAAAACGUAAAGCUCUUACCUUAGAUGCAAUCUUUUUUAAGGACAAGUUAUUUUCUUAAAUGUUGGCUUUUAUAGCGCUUUGAUUGUAAGUGUAUAUCGUUGUUGUCUAUCGAAAUAAAAUAUUUU